AUGGCUGCCGACGAUUACUACCAGGAGUCCCACAUGGCUCAGUCGUCACAGUCUACCCGACCGCAAAAUGAAAGACCGGUCUCACACAUCGCCUUCGCUUAUAAUCCCAAACACAGCUCCUCCAGCCUCGAUCAGUCACGCCUCUCGCAAGCGUACAACACCAGACCCAUGUCUACUUACUAUGAACCCCACGACCCUACAAGACAGUCUGUACAUUCAGACUCGAUACCGCUGAAGCAUCAAUCAAGAAUUAAUACGACUCAAGAUGCACCUGACUGGCGGAAUCAGUCCACACAGUAUCCUCCCUCUCCCGAAUCAAAUUCGCCGCCGUUAUUGCCAGAUUCAAAAGGGAGGAGGAAGAUAGAGGGAUCUUUUGCGAACUUUUUCAAGGGGAAGAUACCAUGGGUUGUCUACACCUUGUCUUUGAUACAGAUCACAGUUUUUGUUGUUGAAAUAAUCAAGAAUUCGAUCAUUACAGGAUCCCCCAUUAUGAUCAAACCGCAGUUUAAUCCCAUGAUCGGUCCCUCGACAUAUGUGCAAAUUAAUAUGGGUGCUCGAUUUGUACCUUGUAUGCGGACGACUCCCGGAGUUCAAGACAGCCCCGAUCCUCCUACUUGGCCAUGUCCUAAUACUACUACAUCCGAUCCGAACUCACCAAGCAACCACUGCGAUCUCAAAGCCCUGUGCGGUUUCUCUGGUUUUAGUGACGAGCAUCCGAAUCAAUGGUUUCGAUUCAUCAUCCCAAUGUUCUUGCAUGCGGGGCUAAUUCAUAUUGCAUUCAACUUGCUAUUGCAACUCACCAUGGGUCGUGAAAUGGAAAAAGCGAUUGGUAGCAUUCGAUUUGCCAUUGUGUACUUCAGCUCCGGCAUCUUUGGUUUUGUCUUGGGCGGGAAUUUUGCAGCAACAGCUAUUGCAUCAACUGGAGCAUCGGGUUGUCUGUUCGGGAUUCUCGCUUUGGUUCUUCUGGACCUGAUUUAUGGCUGGAACGAACGACGCCAUCCUGUCAAAGACUUGAUGUGGAUCAUGGUAGAUAUCAUCAUCUCCUUCGUUCUGGGACUGUUGCCUGGUCUGGACAACUUCUCUCACAUCGGAGGCUUCCUGAUGGGUCUUGCGGCCGGAAUCUGCCUUCUCCAUUCUCCCAACAUCCUUCGCCAACGCAUCGGCGAAUCUACCAGCCUCAAUACCAGCCCCUACAGAAACGUUGGCUCAGAUGCAGACGUGAGCAUCAACCCCAAGGAUCCAAUGCUGGCUCAUUCCUCGUCCUCUCCCAUUGCUCCCAGAGCCGGACCAGCCACGACAGCCGCGCCAGCUAAUGUGGCCGCCUUUGCCAAACAACCCGUCGGAUUCUUCAAGGGACGAAAGCCCUUGUGGUGGGCAUGGUGGCUGUUUCGGUUGGGAGCAUUGAUCGGCGUUCUGGUGGCAUUCGUCGUGCUCUUGAACAACUUUUACAAGUACCGCGACACGUGUUCAUGGUGCAAGUAUCUGAGUUGUCUGCCAAUCAACAAUUGGUGUGAGAUUGGGAAUUUGCAGCUGAGCAAUGCGACGAGCAAUUCGACGAAUAAUUUGAGUCGGAGAACAGCAUUAUCGGUGAUUGAUGCAUGGGAGGCAAGAGGGUCAAUUUGA